AUGUCCCACCAAACCAGCAUCAAACCGGAAACCCACACCUACCAGACCAUGCCUUUGGCGCAGCUCAACAUUUGUCAACCCUCCAAACCACGCAGCAGCAGCUCCGCACCGCUUAAGACCUUAAUCCGCUUCCACGGCGGUGGUCUCAUUACGGCCCAGCGCGACGCCUUCCUCCCCUCCGGCCACCUCCUUCUUCGCUACAUCGCCGCACUCGAAACCUGGCUCUUGACGCACGCCGCGUGUCUGCACAUCGACACGGAGAACAUUGCGCUCGCCGGAUCCAGCGCCGGCGUGCUCGUGGCGGCGCUCGCGGCCGCGCACUGGCGCAUCCUCAGGCCCAAGGCUCUGCUGGACGUCUAUGGCAUGGUCGAUCUGCGUGGGGAAUGUUUCAGGUUCUUUCUCUGGGCGUUGGAGGAGGGGUUGCUGCUGGAUUUCCUGCUGAAGAGGCAUGAACGUCAGCGCGCGAUGGGUGUGGAAGCGGUGGCCGUGGAGAGGAAAGCCGACAUUCUGCCGUUGAAGCUGGCAGACAUGAUGCCGCCCACUUGGGUGAUUCAUGGGAGUGCGGACACGAUGAUUCCACCGACGGAUUCGAGAAAGUUUGUGCAGGCGUUGCGGCACGCCGGAGUGGACGUGGAGUUCGUCGAGUUGUGGCUUUCGAAACAUCAGUUCAUCUACUUUUGUGCAGUGCGCCUUCUGAUUGAGGCGGAAAGACGCUCCAAGAGCCGACUCCGCUCUCACGUAGACAACCUUAUAUCCAUCGAGUUCGAGGAACGGCACGGCUCGGGGAUGACGAGUGCUGCAUCCUACUCCAGCUACGUCGUAUCAGUCUUCUGGAUGUCUACACUCGAGAUCUCGGCCGCUCCGUCGGCUUAA